CCCGUCACCACAUGAUGAAGAACACGAAACUCAGUUAUGACCAUGUGACACAUGCGUAGUUCAAAAGGUGAAGCACUUAUCCUAGAGCUCUUACAGCGGCGUCUCUACACGAGUGAACAAUUCUCGAACGGGAUGUGAAAUAUGCAAAGCAAAAACUGCAGUUCCCUGUUUCUUGUUCCUCUUUUACACGGGAGUAACAAUCACAUUUGAAAUACAUACAGCGGGAAUGAGAGUUCCAAACUCCCGGAUGUGUUACCGGGACGCGGUUUACCCAGACUGAGCAUAAGAGUGAAAUUAUUUGGAAUUGAAAGAAAUAUUAUAAGAGUUUGAAUCAAUUGUCGGGAUGAGAAAUUACAUGUAUCGCACGAAACAAGAAAUCACUGCGGAAAUUAUCGUGGUUGAUGGGUGCCAUUCAGAUCGCUGUGCGUUGAAAAAAAGUACCGAGCAACGUGACCCUAUCCAUUAUUUAUGGGGGAUUUGUUUUUGAUAGUACUUAGAAUGAUGAACUUUCAAAUGUAUAUUGUUUAACUCUCGUGAAUCUUUCACUCAAAUGGAGACAUCACCGUUGCCGGUGAAGCGCUGCAAAAUUUAGGCCUAUGCUCGGCGCUUACGGCCUUUGAGCAGAGAGGGAUCUUUAUCGUGCCACACCUGCUGUGACAUGGGGCCUCUGUUUUGCGGUCUUGUUCGAAGAACCGCCCCAAUUCGUCACCUCUUUCGAGAAGCAAGGGGUACUGAGGACCUAUUCUAACCCGGAUCCCUACGGGAUUCUAUAGACGGUAUAUACAUAGUUGAAGUAUUUUACAGUCUUCGGACAAUGCACUUACUCUCCUUUGUGCUUGGUAGAAAAUGCAUUAUGUAAAAAAAAAUUAAUUUAUUUCAUUGGUUGAAAUUUCGUUCAACGCAAGGGAGACAAUUUGCUAAUUUACGUACGACUUGACAAUAGAGAGAAAACGAAGGGAAGUAAAUUGCAAUAUAAUGAAACUGACACUUUAAUCUUAUUGAUAGGAACCGUUGAGACGAGCGAAGACCCAUAAUAUCUUGCAACACGACUUUAUGCCUAUUCAUCUUAAACGCGGGAAAUAUAACGCGGUCCAUUGUUGGUGCAAACAGUGCAAUGUUUAUAGGUUAUAGACUUUGUAUGGGAAAAUAUGACGACCGAGUUUUUUGUCGCGUAGACGGACCGAGCUUUUUAUUAUAUACUUUCAAUUUCAUUUAGAAACUAACAAUAAUUUUAUUUUUAACAAUAACUAUCGGUUUAAUUGAGUAAAAGAUGAAAAACACGAAAAUUUGAAAAUUAACGGCGUAGAUAUACUUGUUGCAAAUAUCCUUGACAUUAUGAACUUAAAGAAACAAAUCUGGCCAUUUAAAGAAGUUUCCUUAGCCGACGAUUUCAAUGUAUUGUGUUUCACAGAAACGCGGAACUUUGGAUUAUACUGUGAGGAACGAUGGUUUAAUUAUAGAAAGAUAUUGUUUUGGUUGAUGUGUAAUGAUUUAUUACUCAGUUCUAACACGUGCUUUAAGAUGUAGAGAAUUAAAACCAGCUGGCAUUGUAAAUACUGUUUUAGUUGCGUCAGGGACACAUGUAACAGAGAACUAACAAAGUCUCGAAUUAUCUCCUGGAUCGCAGUACUUCGUUAAGAAUUCUCUUUAAAAAGAAAACAGGCUACAUAUACAUCGACUUCUCUUCGCAAACCUUCAUGCUUUGAUUCUGGAAAACGUGUAAAUGCCGGAACCGGUGACGGUUUAGGCUUCGAUCGACGUUUUGACUCGAAUAUAUCUGGAUUCAGGUAAAAGAAAGCUAUUUUCACUACUUUAACAUUAAUGCAUGCAUCUGUCACAAGGAAAUCAACAUUUUCAGUUGUUCAUCCGUUUUCACUUGUUUUUGUCCCGGAUUUGAUUUAUGUAAAACUUAUACGGUACCAAUUUUGUCGCACCAGAUGCGCGUUUCGACAAAUAAUGUCUCCAGUGAUGCUCAAGCCGAAAUUUUGGAAAUCCGAAAAAGCAAUAAACUUGUAAGAGCGAAAAAGAAAAACAGAGUGCCAAAGACUGGAGCCAAAUUCGUCGAAGGAUCAGAGCUAUGCAUGAGGGAGUAAUCCUGAAUUUUGAAAUGAAUUUCUAAAUUUUAUCACAGCAAUUAAAUAUGCAUCCGUAUUUUCAAGCUAGUAACGAAGUACCUAGCAACUGGGCUGUAGAGACCUUUGGGGACUAACAGUCCACCAGCAGAGGCCUCGACCCAGGGGUCAUAAUGUAAAACUUAUACGGUGUUUAUCUCUAAUGACGGUAGAAAAAAAUCGAAAAUUUGAAGUUUGAAAAUUUGUCGCAGUUUAGUUCUCAGAAAGCUUUUUGACAAUUCAUUUUUAUUCAAACAUGUUUUUCUAUUGACUUUUUGAACAGUAGAUUAACGCCAGAUGCUCCAUGUGCAUUUCUAGUCAUACAUUUUACUAUACUUCGGCAGAUAAAAUCAAUACUACAAUAUUUAGAAACUUAGAAUUCUGUGGACACAGCUUGUGUUUGCACAACUCUUGUUUUGUCUCAUGUCUGACAGGCAGAGUGAAGAUGAAAUUAUGAUUGAUGCCUCCAAUAUCCCAUGAUAUAAGACUCAGUAACACGAAUUAAAUGAAUAUGGCUUUAAUGUUCAUGAUUCGAUAAAAAGUUUAAUCUUCUUCUGGUUCCUCUGCCUAACUUUUACAGUGACCCUCGGUCUCAUACGCUCUCAAUCCGUAAAGUGAAAUCAGUCUGAUGCGACAAAGUCCGCGCGAUAUGGAGAUAAUAUGUUUAUUUUCGCUGACUUUGGGGAUUUUCCGUACUUUGAUUCAAACACUCUUAAUAUGCAUGACCAUGAUUCUUAAACGAUCGAAGGAGGCGAUGAUUCCUAUGCAGGUUGUGUCUUCCGUAUGUAGUUGGACCUCGAUCGUUGAUGUGUUACCGACUUCAUCACUGAUGUUCCUGAUUCGUGUUAAUGUAUACAGUCCACACAGGUCAAAAGAAGAGGGAGCAUGGUGCCCGUUUUCCUGAAUCUGCGCCUCACGACCUUCCUGUCUCUUUUUGGAAUUUUUCAUGCUUUGCCAAGCUGGGAGAACCUCGAGGCCAACCUGACUAAAAAUAAUUAUGACAUACCCCCGUGGACUUACACAGGUCAAGCAACUCGAAUAGCGACGGAGCUUCUUUUCACUCAUGUGCAGUCGCCAACUUUAUCGGAACUGGGGACUUCGUUCCAUUUGAUUCAAGAAUGGGAGGAUGUCCGUCUGAAAUACAACGCCAGCUCCAUCCUCUUCGCUGGGAAAUACGUCCUGUUGGAUCUCGACAAAUACGUGUAUAUAUGGACACCCGAUAGUUACAUCACCAACGCCAUAUCCGAAACCCAGCACAACGUCAUCAAACCUAAUAUGUUCAUCCGCAUCUACCCUAACGGAACUUUAGUGAAAAGCACGAGGCUAACAGUGCGCACACCUUGUCCUCUGACGUCAGUUGGUUUCCCGCGUGGUUCCCAAUCUUGCACAUUGGUAUUUGAAAGCUAUUCCUUUACAACUUCUGAAGUGAACAUGACUUGGAAUCGGUAUGGUGCUUUCAAGUAUAGAGACGAGUUUUCUACCAGUGGUUUGGAGGUCAGCAGCAUAAAAGAAAUGGGCUGUUCUACAAGUUCAGAAAUAAAUCCAUGUUUAAAAAUCAAAGUGAACAUAGUACGGGACUUCAGUCAGUUAAUUUUACGUAUCUACAUCCCAAGUGUGUUUCUGGUGAUUCUGGGUUGGAUGAGCAUGUGGAUUGAUAAGGGCCAAGUAGGCGCACGCACCAGUCUGGGCGUGUUAUGUGUCCUCUCUGUAGUAACACAGCUGGUGGGCGUGGUUUCAAUGGGAAGUGGAUUGGAAGGCCUCAUUGCAGUUGACAUUUGGAUGGCAAUGUGCAUGUUCUUCACUAUUAUGGCUCUUUGUGUGUUUGCUGUGGUACACAACAUAAAGCGGAGGAAAGAAAAAACCAAAGAUAAAACGAAACAAAAAUAUAAGCAAACCUCUACAUCAACCAAUGAAGAGGGCUGCGCGGAGGAACCCUGCUGUGACAUCCCCCAUGGAAGACUCCAGAAUGUGUUUAGACUUAUCUACCCUCUCUUAUUCAUGAUAUUUAAUAUUGUGUAUUGGGUAUAUUUUUUAUCUGUAGAUUAAUACUUAUUUUCAGUCAUUUUUACGAGAUGGCGUAAUUUAACAUCGUAUAGUGAACAUUCAAUUAAGAAAUAAAUUCAUUUUUGAAAUUCAA